AUGACCCAGUCACAGCAUGUCGAGCACACAGUCGAGGUUCCCGUGCUCAUCGUAGGCGGUGGCCCCACGGGUCUUCUCACAGCAUACAUGCUCUCCAAGCUUGGGGUCCAAUCCCUCCUGAUCGAAAAGUACCCCGAGCGGCUUGAGGCACCCAAAGCACACGCCCUCUGUCCGCGCAGUCUCGAGAUAUGUCGCCAAUAUGAUCUCGAUACCAAGGCCCUUCGAAAGCUUGGAUCUCCCCGUGAGGACGCGUAUUGGGUCAAUUUUGUUACCAACUUGAGUGGUGAACGCAUCGGCUUUUUGCCUUACGAGAGGAUGGACAAGGAGGUUCUGGAACACACCCCCGAGAUGAUCCACAAUAUUCCCCAACCUGACUUCGAGGCUUUUGUCGCCGACAUACUUGAAGACGAUCCCUUGGUCGAGAUGAAGAAGAACGUGGCCUUCAUUACCUGUGAACAGGACAACGGUACUGUCAAAUCCACAAUUGAAGAAAGGUCUACAAGAACGCAAUGGCAGGUCACCUCAAGAUACGUCAUCGCGUGCGACGGCGCUAAAAGCCUAGUUCGCGAUACUCUUGGGAUAGGAUGUGACGGCGAAGAAGGAUACGAGACCAUGAUGACAAUCCAUUUCAAGGCCGACCUGCGUCCUGUUGUUGGUUCCCGGGUGGGUAUGCUACACUGGAUCACAGACCCCGCAUGCUCGGGGUUCAUCAUUGCAUAUGACCUCGCCGGGAAUCAGGUAUUGAUCAGCAACUUUGAUUCCAAGAAACAUCCCGCCGACUCUUGGAGCCAGGAGCUUGCGAGAGACACUGUUCUGGCGGCGAUUGGACAAGAUAUUCCAUUAGAGAUUCUGAGCUACCGCCCAUGGAUCCUCAGUCGUAAGGUCGCGCAGAAAUACAAAUCGGGGAACGUCUUCUUGGUGGGCGACGCCGCACAUUCCUUCCCGCCAACCGGCGGACUCGGACUCAACUCCGGGCUCGCCGACGCCCAUAACGUGGCAUACAAGAUUGCCGCGGUUCUUAACAAGUGGGCAGAUUCCUCCAUUCUCGAAAGCUACCAAAGCGAGCGCCGACAUAUCGCUCUGGUCAACUCUGCACAGAGCGUCAAGAAUGGGAAGAGGAUCUUUUCUUUCCUCAAGACCCUUGGAACCGCCGGGAUCGAGGAUGUUGAGGAGGCUCGCGCCAACUUGAAAAGGUCUGUUCAUAAUCCGGCCAAGCAAGAAAUGAUUGCUCGCGAGGUCGAGAGCCAGCGCGAGCAUUUCGACAAUUUAGAGAUUCAUAUAGGCUACGUGUACAGCUCGUCCGAUAUUCCUGCAAAUGCGUCCAGCUUCACGCCUAAGUUUGUAAAAGGCGCUCGACUACCUCAUGCCUGGAUCAAGUCGCGUCCCGGGGCUGCCAAGAUUGCCCGCCCAGCUGUUGAUGUGUCAUACGUCAAGGAGUUUAGCGUCAAGGAUAUCGAGGCCCGUCAAUACUCAACCUUGGACUUGAUUGAAUUGAAUUCAUUCACACUAAUUGUACCAUCACGUGCAAAAUGGCUUCGGUGUCACGAGAUGCUCGAGAGGGCUUUCAACGGUUCCGGAGUAAGAGUUCACCUAUGGUCAGCCGACCAAGACUUUGAGUUCACAAUGCAGGCCCACAGGGAGCUAUUUGAACGAGAUGCUGGGUUCUCCAAAGGCGACGCACUGCUUAUCCGUCCCGAUCAACACAUUGCGGCUCAUUUUACACCAGAUCCUACAUUUAAUGAUGUUCUUAGUGCUAUCUCAGGAUUUAUCAACCCUCUUAAGAUGUUUAAUAGAUAUGAGAGAUAG